UCUAAAUGUCACGUCACUAAUAAAAACAAGGCUAAUCUGACGAUGGUAGUUUUUAUUUUAUCAAAAUCUAUAAAUGUUGCAAUGGCGUGAAACACAAUUCGCAACAAAAGUUACAUCAAAGUGAAUACGAGUUUUGUUGGUAAAUUGUAGAAUCCUGAAAAUAGAAAUGGCACCGUUAGGCAAUGGGAUUUUUGUGGUUCGCGUCGAGAUGUCGACCAUGAUGACAACCAUGAAAAGGAGUACACGAUGGAACAAUAAUGCUUCUUCUUAUCAGGAAGAAGAUCACGAUGAACUGAUGAAGAAAUUCAUCGAACUGAAGACCCUGCUUAACCACAUCGAAGAUUUGAGGCUCACACAACCAAUGGUAUUUUUGGGCCCAUUCCUCGAUGUCAUUCGAUCCGAAGAAACAACCGGUCCAAUUACUAGUCUCGCAUUGGCUGCAGUGAACAAAUUUCUGUCGUAUGGACUCAUCGAUCCAACACAUCCGAAUCUGUCGAUAACCGUCGAUAAAAUUGCUGAUGCUGUGACGCAUGCGAGAUUCGUGGGCACCGACCAGGCAUCGGAUGGUGUUGUUUUGUUGAGAAUCAUUUAUUUAUUGCGAACGUUAAUGCUGAAUCCGGAAGGUAGUGCGCUGACGAACGAAAGUGUUUGUGAAAUUAUGCUCAGUUGCUUUCGCAUCUGUUUCGAACCCCGGCUGAACGAACUGCUGCGGAAAAAUGCCGAACAGACGUUGAAAGAAAUUGUCCAAUUGUUGUUCAUGCGUCUGCCCCAAUUUUCGGAAGAACGAUCGGCCGCAUCGCUUAAGAAAAUGAUUGCCAGCGGUUCCAUCGAUCAAACGACAAAAAAACGGAAAGCCAAACCGAAAAUAUCCACCGGGAGUCUGAAACCAAAUGACCGAAAAAAUUCGAUAAAAACGGAUGCGAUCGAUAAGAAUACCGAAGAACCAACGUCACCAGCACCGAAUCAAUUAGUCGCCUCAUUAAAGCCACCAAUACUGGCCACAACUCCAGCGACACCAGGCAUAAAUAACAAUAUCGUGGACAUGCAGGGAAGCAUACUACAGACACCUACAUCUUCUCUGCAUGGCGAAGUGACUAGUCCGACGAUAUCGGAUAUAGCUGGCGAUGAACAGCCGAAUGUUGAUGUAACAUCCGAUACCGAUGGAGUCGAGAAAGUUAAGCCAAUUCAACAUCAAGAUAGUGUCGACAACGAUGCGGAUAUCGAAGAUUAUGUUGAGAAAGAAGAUGAUGCUGCUAAAGAGACAAAGGGCGAAGAUUUCGUCAACUCUAUGGGAGUUAGAUUCACACCACAAUCGGAAAACGAUGCUCCGUCGACACUGACCCCAUACGGUUUGCCAUGUAUCAGAGAGCUACUGCGCUUCUUAAUCUCAUUGUGCAAUCCAGCGGAUAAGCAGAACACCGAUGCUAUGAUUCACAUGGGACUUAGCUUGUUGACUGUAGCGCUAGAAGUAGGAGCCGACAGUAUUGGUAAUUAUGAUACCUUGCUGAAUUUGGUACAGGACGACAUGUGCAAAAAUCUAUUUGCGCUCUUGAAUUCCGAACGUCUGACGAUAUUCGCUGCUGAUCUGCAAGUAUGUUUUCUGCUAUUCGAAUCGCAACGAUCAAAUCUGAAAUUCCACCUGGAAUACUAUCUGUCGAAACUAUCCGAAAUCAUUGCCAGCGAAAAUCCCCGCACGCCAUACGAGAUGCGUGAACUAGCCUUGGACAAUCUAUUACAAUGUUGGCGCAUUCCGGGCUUUGCCACUGAACUGUACAUCAAUUACGACUGUAAUUUGUACUGCACGAAUCUGCUGGAAGAUUUGGUGAAGCUGCUGUCGAAGAAUGCACUGUCGGCCACGCAGAAUAUUUACAGCAUUCAUCGAUUGUCGCUGGAAGGACUUCUGUCGAUAAUCGAAAGCAUUGAACAAAAUUGUGUUGCCGCUAAAGUCGGUAAGGCUAUUGAAGUGGGACGACAUUCUAGGAACAACUCCUCGACGGAGAAAAUUGUCAUUGACAUACCUAGUGGCGGUGAGAGUUCCGGCGUUGAUGUGGAGAACAUUAACAAUAUCAUCAACACGAGCACGCAUCUGAAGAGUAAAAAUGCCCAGUUCAUCUUCUGGACGCCGGAACAAUUAGUCGACUUGAAGAAUAAGAAAAGGAUAUUGAUGCAAGGCACUGAACUGUUCAAUCAACGAUCCGACAAAGGCAUACAGUUCCUGCAAGAAAAUGGAUUGUUAAAUCCCAAAUUGGACGCAGUGGAAGUGGUGAAAUUUCUGCGGGAAAAUUCCGGUCUCGAUAAGGCAAUGAUCGGCGAUUACAUCAGCAAGAAGAAGAACAUGGAAACGAAAAUUCUCGAAACGUUCGUCAAAUCGUUUGACUUCGCCAAUACCGACAUCGAUUUUGCCUUGCGACAAUAUUUGGAAACGUUCCGGUUGCCCGGUGAGGCUCCGCUAAUUUUCUUGGUACUGGAACAUUUUGCUGAACACUGGCACACGUGCAACAAUGAACCAUUCGCCAAUACUGAUUCGGCAUUCCGUUUAGCCUAUGCCAUCAUCAUGUUGAACAUGGAUCAGCAUAACUACAAUGCCAAGCGCUUAAAUAUCCCCAUGACUGUUGAAGAUUUUAUGAAAAAUUUGCGCGGCCUCAACGGAAACGGUGAUUUCGACCAGGAACUGCUGAGCAACAUUUACAAUCGUAUACGAAACGAGGAGAUUAUAAUGCCAGACGAGCAAGCCGGUACGGUGCGUGCGAACUAUCUGUGGAAAGUGUUGUUGCGUCGAGGAAAGACCAAAGACGGCAUCUUCAAUCACGUCUACGGUGCCAAGUACGAUCGUGAACUGUACAGAUUGUGCUGGGGACCGACCCUUUCCGCAUUGAGUUUUAUGUUUGACAAAUCAACGGAUGCCACAUAUCAAAAGGCCCUGCUGGGCCUGUCGAAGGGUGCAACAAUUUCGUCACAUUUCAAUUUGUACGAAGACUUCGAUGCGCUGAUAUUAACUCUGUGCAAAUUCACCACUUUGCUGAAUGUGUCUCCCGAUGUGCAUGAGAUAACGGCCAGUGUUGGGUUCGGAUUAAACGUAAAGGCCCAGUUAGCCAUGAAAACUGUCUUCGGACUGAUACAUGAUCACGGCGACUGUGUGAGAGAAAGCUGGAAAAGUAUUUUGGAUGUGAUCGUGCAACUGUUCAAACUGAGACUGUUGUCCAAGAGUUUGAUCGAAGUGGAGGACUUUUGCGAACCGAACGGUAAAGUUACAUUGAUUCUGGAGAAACCGGUUCCGAAAACCGAGGCUGGUCUGUUCAGCAGUUUGUACUCGUACCUUAGUUCGGAGGGUCAACGACAGCCGACAUACGAGGAACAGGAAAUCAUAAAAGUCGCUAAGCGAUGCAUACGUGAAUGCCAGAUCGACCAAAUAAUAGCCGAAUCCAAAUUCCUUCAAUUCGAAUCGCUGGUGGAAUUUAUCAAAUGUUUGCUGAACGUGCUGAAGCCACCGAAAAGUCACAAAUUCGUUGAGGUGCCGUAUGCGGAAGACAUAACCGUGUUUCUGAUGGAGUUUCUAGUCAAAAUUUUAAUUCAAAAUCGUGAUCGGCUGCUGGAAGUGUGGCCGAUAUGUCGGGAGCAAAUAUAUUUAUUGCUGAUUGGCAGCUCCAGUUGUGGUUAUCAGUAUUUAAUGGUUCGCACAACUGUGGCCCUGCUUAAAUUAGCCAUUUAUUUGAUGCGUAACGAAGAACUGUGCACGGUGGUUCUGCAAAGUUUGAAAAUGUUUUUGAUGCUGAAGCCAGCGAUUAUUUUAAGCGUUUCCAAGCAAAUUUCGAUUGGGAUGUACGAGUUGCUAAAGACGAGUGCUCAGAAUAUCCAUACCGAAGUUGAUUGGGAUAUCGUCUUCACCAUACUGGAAUGUGUUGGUGCAGGAGCUACUCCACCGGAAUUCGAAGAUGUCAUAACACCGAAUUUUGGAACCAAAUCCGACGGAGCAUUGAGCAGUGAAGAGGAUUCCGGUGUUCCCGAUCGCGGCUACACAUCCGAUUCGGAAGUGAAUAUGAAAAGCGAACAUACAUCGAACACACCGCUGAUCAGCCCGACCACAGAGAACUGGAUCAUUGUGAACAAAGAUUCCGACGUAACAACCGUCUCAUGUCCCACCACACCGAUCAAUACAUCGCUGAGCUAUCCAUGCAAAUUGCUGACACAUUCGUCAUUCGCUCUGGUCAAAUGCUGGGACAGUUUGGCAUUCAUUGUUCGGAAUGUGGCGCACAUAACGCCGUACAAUUUUGAAAGUUGUGUGAAAUGCAUCCGAACGUUUGUGGAAGCGUCGCUGAACGGCGGUAAAUACGGCCAGCAAUCGAAAGCCGAAUCACGGCGUAAGGGUGGACGCAAGGAUGGUGGUGUUAAGAAUAAACGAAAGGACGACAAUCAUAGCAGUGAAAGUGAAGACGAAGAUCUGCUGCAGAGGUACGAGACCAUUGCCAUACAAUUGUUGGAUUUGAUGCAUACGCUGCAUACGAGAACUGCGCAAAUAUUCCGAUGGUGGGCAGAAGAGGGUGGUACAUUGCCACAGUGUUCGACGUUGUGGGCUCAUGGAUGGUGUCCGUUGUUACAGGGAAUCGCCAGAUUGGCCAAUGACAAAAGGAGACAGGUGCGAACAAGUGCUGUGACAUGUCUACAACGUGCUUUGUUGGUUCACGAUUUGAAAACGUUAACUGGACCAGAAUGGGCAUCAUGUUUCAAACAGGUUCUAUUUCCACUAUUGUACGACUUGCUGGCCGAAACAAUACAAACUAUCGAACCGGGUCUGUUAGAAGAAUCGAGAAUGAGGACCGCCACAAUCAUGUCCAAGGUCUUCCUACAUCAUCUAACGCCACUGAUUGGCAUUUCCACGUUUAGUGAACUGUGGCUUGAGGUCAUCGACUAUUUGGAAAAGUUCAUGAAGGUCGGUUCGGAUAUGUUGUACGAGGCGAUGUUGGAGAGCUUAAAGAACAUGUUAUUGGUCAUGCAUUCGGUCGGAGUAUUUCAUCAAGGCGAUGGUGUAACACAUUCACCCCUAUGGAAUAGGACCUGGAGUCGAAUAGGGGAUUUUCUGCCGCAUCUGAAAGACGAACUGUUCUCAUCAGAAGUUCAACAUACAGCGGUUCAACAUGCAAUGAAUGUCAAUGCUGCAGCACCAACACCAGUCCUAUCAACUCCGUCUGAUUUACAACAGCUACCUUUAGACUAUCAAUCUCCAGUCAACAUUAUUCCAGUAAUCGCGGCCGCACUUCCACCAUCAGAGAUCAUCCCUAAUGUCAAUUCAUAUGGCAAUGCAGUUCAUCAACAGUCCGCUGCUGACGAUAUUCAACCAGCUGUUCUAUUGAAUCAAGAUCAGGCUAUCAUUCAACCGGCGGUUCCAAUUGUUCUACCACAUAAUCCCAUAGAGUUUCCGCAACCAAUUGCGCCUUCAAUUCCUCCCUCAGAUGAAUCACCAAGUCCACAAUCGAAUCCAUCAUCAACCACUGUUCCAGUUGCUGCGAUCGCAAUGAGCCUACACCAACAAAAUCAAUUCCCCAGCCACACAAACGUCCCCGUCAACAUAGUCCGCAGCUAUACACCGAUCUUCGUCCAGCCACAAAACCAACAACCGGCCGAAACGGACAUUUACAAUGACUACGUCAACAAUCCGUACAAUUUAACACUGAAAGCGAACGAUGAACAGUUAACGUAUGUGCCCGUUGCGGGUGAACACAAUUCGCCAACGGUUCAGAAACUCGGCGCAGUCAAUGUCUUUCAGUCGGCCAAUUAUUUUGGAAGUGACACGGCCGACAUUCCACCCGGUUCGGAAAUGUUGUUCGGUAAACCAUAGAAAUAAAAUGUUUUCAUUCGCCGGUCAUUCAUGCAUUUAACGUUCAUUUUUUAUGUAAUGCGCGCACGUCAUUCCUCAUUUUGUAACGGCGGUUAAGUCGUUAAUUUAGACGAACCAAGAUGGGUCGAUCCUAGACUUGGUUUGGAGUGUCCCGAACCGUAUAUGAUUCGGUCUUGUUGACAAAUACUGAGAGCUCUAUUGAUGUUUAGCAAUCUUCACAUAGCAUUUACGUUCGGUUUUCGUGUGCGCUACUUUACAGCGCAAACAGCCUUAUACUAAAGAACUGACAAUUAACUACUUAACAGUCUCUACUCAAGUUUCUCUACUUUAUUACCGGUCUUCUGUCAUUCCGAUGAAUCUAUUUCGAGAAAUUGAAUUGAAGUGUUCUCAUCAAAUUAUAGAAACAAUGGCGUGAGUCUUGACCCUUCAAUUCACCGAUUUGAGGAAAUUUUAAUCGUGCGACAAAUCAUUACGCCUGCCACAUCAACUCUAGUUUAAAUUUAAUAACAAACUGCAAAGCCAUUGUGUGUGUGUGUAGUGCCACUGAUACAAGUUUAUUGAAGUUUUAACCAAAGGAGUAACAAACGUCUGUUCUACGAAGUUUAACAGAGAGAAAGCGGAACAGACAUUUGCGGCGAAGAAUAAAACACAAUAUUCAUAUCAAAGAAUCGGUGUACGUAGUGUCCGUCUAGAAUAACAAAUUAUUAAAUUUCAAACAAUUAAGAUCGAAAGAAAGAUUCGUGUAAACAAAAACCACGAAACCUCGGCACCGCGAAAAACUGCUGGGUGUAGUUAAACAGGAAAACUGUAAGUGGUAAUCAAUUAAAUUAGAAAAAAAUGAGAAAAAUGUAAAACAAAAGUGAAAUUAAAUGUGAUUUUUGUCGUGGAUUAUAAAUAAAUAAAUAAAUUGCAAGAGUUUUACAAUCAAGCAUUUUUGGCGAUUUGUUUAGAUUUUCGAUUUACAGUCGCGAACAUCUAAAAGUGCCGACAUUUUAUCAAUCUCUUAUUUGCUCAGUCCACUUCGUUUCACACCUUUUCACACCGUUUCAUCUUAUGGCUAACAUAUGUGGAAUUUGUGGAACAUAGAGGACAUAGUGGAAUACAAAUAAGAUAUUGACAACACGGCGGCACUUUUAGGUGUUCGUGGCUGUAAAGAAAAUUUUUUAUUUUUACAGUCCAUGUCAGCCGAAUUUGUGUCAAAGUUUGCUUCAGCUCUGCCCUACGAGCUCAAUCACUCUGUGAUUUUGCGUGCUUAUGCUUAUACAGUUUUACCACUACCACGUAUGUUCGUUAAACCCAUAUAAGGAGCGUGUUUCAACGCCUAUUCCAUUCCCAAAAUAUUCCUAAAUUCGGAUCUCUCUGAAAUACCAUCCAAAAACUACUAAAAAGGCCAUAAAAACAAUGGAGGCACUUCGUUCUACUAUUAUUUUAGAUAGACAUCAAAUUCGACAGAAACUUUCAGAACCAGCUGAAACAAAAUUGGACACAAAUUUGGUUGACAUAAACUGUAUUUUGUUUAUAGAAUUCAAUUUAAUGAAGCAAGGUUGACUUCAAUAUUUAAAAAAGAUAAAAACAAACGAUAGAACAUGAAUUAUAUAUUAUAUGAUGCUAGGUUUCGGUAUUAAUAAAUUUGCUGUUGAAAUAAAUGAGUAAGAAACAAAGUA